UGCAAACAUUUCCACCAGCAUAUAAACUACGCAUAUGAUGCUCAUCCAUAAACUCCCUUUUUUUCUUGAUUGCCUCUAAAAAUAUCUUCUUUCUUAAUUUUCUAUAUUUUUAAGGCAAAAGAAGAAAAAAAAUUAUGAAGGAAGAUAUAGAGCAAAGUGAGAACAGAGUAAAUGAAGAAAUAACAACUCCUCUUAUAAUUCAAACAAAUAAAAGAGUAAAAGAAGAAAAUGUUGAAAAUGGAUGUUAUGAGAAGAAACAAGAUAGGUGCAUGGUUUACCUUAGCACAUUUGUGGCUGUUUGUGGUUCAUAUUCUUUUGGAUCUUGUGCUGGAUAUUCAUCACCAACACAAUCCGCCAUCAGAGAGGAUCUUAACUUGUCUAUAGCAGAGUUCUCGCUCUUUGGUUCAAUAUUGACAUUUGGUGCAAUGAUUGGAGCAAUCACAAGUGGUCCAAUCGCUGAUUAUAUUGGUCGUAAAGGGGCAAUGAGAAUGUCAAGUGGUUUCUGUGUUGCUGGAUGGUUAGCCAUUUACUUCGCUCAGGGAGCACUUGCUCUGGACAUUGGAAGAUUGGCAACAGGAUAUGGAAUGGGAGUUUUCUCUUAUGUGGUGCCGGUAUUUAUAGCUGAAAUUGCACCUAAAGAUUUACGAGGAGCUUUGACAACCAUAAACCAGCUGAUGAUAUGUUGUGGAGUCUCAGUUUCCUUCAUUAUAGGAACUAUGAUGACAUGGAGGACGUUGGCGUUAACAGGAUUAAUUCCAUGUGCUAUUCUGCUUUUCGGUCUAUUUAUCAUUCCAGAGUCACCUAGGUGGUUGGCAAAAAUAGGACAUCAAAAGGAGUUUGAACUUGCACUACGUAAACUUCGAGGCAAAGAUGCUGAUAUAUCCGAGGAGGCAGCUGAAAUCAAGGAUUAUAUAGAAACACUUGAAAAGCUUCCGAAAGUGAACUUGUUUGAUUUGUUCCAAAGAAGAUACUCGAGCUCACUUAUAGUGGGAGUUGGACUUAUGGUGUUUCAACAGUUUGGUGGAAUCAAUGGAAUCUGUUUCUACACCGGUAGCAUAUUUGAGUCCUCAGGUUUCCCCUCUGAUAUUGGAACUAUAAUCUAUGCAAUUAUACAGGUUCCCAUCACCGCGUUGGGUGCAGCCUUAAUUGACAGAGCUGGAAGGAAACCUCUUUUAUUGGUUUCAGGAACAGGACUUGUCAUAGGCUGUAUACUAACAGGAAUCUCAUUCUAUAUGAAGGGACAUGAAAUGGCAAUAAAGGCAGCACCGAUACUUGCUGUAACAGGCAUACUGGUCUAUAUCGGUUCCUUCUCAGUAGGAAUGGGAGCAGUUCCGUGGGUUGUGAUGUCAGAGAUAUAUCCUAUAAAUAUUAAAGGUGCUGCUGGGAGCCUUGCAACACUAGUGAAUUGGUUCGGAGCAUGGGCGUGCUCCUACACUUUCAACUUCCUAAUGACCUGGAAUUCUUUUGGUACUUUCGUUCUGUAUGCUGCAGUGAAUGCACUGUCCAUAUUAUUUGUGAUAAAGAUAGUACCUGAAACCAAAGGAAGAACUUUGGAACAAAUCCAGGCUGCUAUUAAUGCAUCAUAAAAUACCUUAGCCUUCAUCGAUUCAUCUUUCGUACUGAAAUUUACUUUAUCAGAGAGAGUUGACACAAUUCAUGUUGUCGUUUGAAACUACAUUCGAUCUGAUUCUCAUCCUCAAAUUUAAGACAUUUGAGUGUUUGUUGUAUCAUGGAUCACAUAUUUUCAUUUGUACUCAUUGAUUCAUCUCACUUAAAAGAAGGAGAAUUUUAAAGUUAAGUGA